AUGGCGCGCUUCAGUAAGAUGGUUGUUCAACUGGAGGAGGACAACCCGGAUGUAUGCCUGGCGUCUUUCAAAAAUGGCCUUAGGGCGAGAGAUUUGAAUCGAGAUUUAACAAGACAACCAGCGAGGGACAUGAUGGAUCUUCGCGCUCGCGUUCAGGAAUUCAUCUUAAUUGAGCAAGACGAUCAGAAAAAGCAAGAAAGGGAGGAGGGGCGAAAACACGCCCAGCCCGGGGGAGUUUCGCAGGAAAAACCCAAGGCUGGAAAGGAAACAAGGAUAGCUCAAACUCCACGUAUACCAAGGCCUGGUCCAUAUCAAAACUCCAAACCCGGAUUCCAAAAUACAUGGCAUAGAAAUCCCCAAGGUACCACUACAGCCUCGGCUGGUCAACAUGGUGCCUCGCCAACUCCAGUUCCACUUACUAAACUGAAUGCCCCCCUAAGCACCAUAUUGAAAGCAUUUGGACAGACAAAUGUUGUGCAAUAUCCGCCGCCGCCUCGGCGACCACCAACUAAUGUGGAUACAAACAGAUGGUGUGAGUACCACAAAACGUUGGGGCACACCACAGAUAAUUGUUGGAACUUGCGGCGGGAGAUUGAUCGGCUAAUCAAGGCUGGCCAUCUGGCAAAUUUUGUUAAAGAGGCAGCAACACCGGAGGCCACUAAGGUAACUCAAGGGGACAAAGGAAAAGGAAAGGAGAUAGUAGAGGAAUUGGGCGACCCUGUUGGGGAAUGCUCAUCCAUUGCAGGGGGAUUUGGAGGGGGCACGAUUUCUAGCAAGGCCAGAAAGCGUUAUGUGGCGGCAGUACAUUCCGUGCACGAAGCAUACGAGGGCGAAUGUUGGUUGAAUCACUCUCCAAUUAUAUUCACCCCUCAGGAUUUUGCACAUGUAAUUCCUCAUGACAACGACCCGAUUGUUGUAACAAUCAGGGUUAACAACUACAUGACAAAAAAAGUGUUUUUAGAUCAGGGAUCUUCGGUGGACAUCAUUCAUGAAGAUGUCUUUGAUCGCCUGGGGUUAAAGGAGUCAGAUUUGAAACCAUAUAAAGGAACCCUGGUGGGAUUUACAGGGCAUCACGUCAAUGUGCGGGGAUACGUGGAAAUACCAACAGCCUUUGGUGAAGGAGAGUUCGUCAAGAAAUUUCAAGUGAAGUAUCUAGUAUUGGCGUGUAGAGCUAAUUACAACGUACUUUUGGGGUGGGACACUUUUAACAAGUUAUGCGCUGUAAUUUCAACCGCUCAUUUAACUAUCAAAUACCCAGCCUGCAAUGGGAAGAUCGGGGUCCUUCGCGUGGAUCAGAAUGCGGCGAGAGAAUGUUACCUAAGAAGUGUGGCGCUCUAUGGGCGAAAAGCCGCCAAGGAAAGCCACCGUAUCACGGAAAUUUUUCCACAAUAA